CGUUUGCUCCAGUUUGAGCUUUCUCCCGCACCGUAGACAACCCGGAAAUAGAAUCCGUUACGUCAGCAACCAACAACCAUCCAUGCCACCAAGUUAACCCCCACGGUGGUCUUCUGCUUUAUUUAUUGCUUUGUCCAUCUUCUCGGUGGGAAGGGAAGAGCAUUUAUCAUAGUUAGAAAAAAGAACCAGGCAGCAUGUUCCUCACCCUCGCCCUGCUGCGGAAAGGCAUCCCCGGGAAGCAGUGGAUCGGAAAGUACCGUCGCCCGCGACAGAUCACGUGGCAGAUGAAUCGCAACACGCUGAAGCACCUGGAGCGCGAGGCGGAGAACGAGUACUGGAUCAGCCGGCCGUACAUGACCGCCGAGCAGGAGUACUGUCACGCCGUCGAGCGCAGAGCCCGGAACUGGCUCAACAUCAAGGAGGCCAAAUUCGCCAAGUUUCCGGAACACAAGAACAUCACAGAUCACCUGAGUCACCUGAACGUCACCAAGACCUGGUCGAGUUAACGGGGACGGAGGGGGUCACAUGCAAGGACGGCCUUCGUAUGUGGACAACGUCACGUUUAUUUGACAAAACUCUGUCUGUGAACUGUUUGUCUGUCUACUGAAUAUAAACUGAAUCCACUAAAAACCUUC